GUUGACAGCCUCUGACAAGGAGUUAUCCACUUCAAACACCCCUAUUGCUGCAGGGACCCAAACCAAGAAGUGUCAGGCAUCUAUACAGGUUCCCCAGAGAACUAGAAGAAUCCAGGUCUCCAUUCCUAUGACAUCAAGUGUUCAGACUGUGUCCACUGGAGUCCAGUGCUCAAGCCUGUGUGAUGGUGUCCCGUUGCGAGUGGCUGCAGGCUUAGCUACCAUGCCUGAUCCCAUCCCACAAGAUCCUUAUGACCCAGAGAGUGACGAGGAUGAGGAGGAAGACAACCAAAAUGACUAUGACCCAGACUAUGAUCCUCUGGAUGAUAGCAUUUCCAGUGACGAGGAGAUUGAAGAUACUCAGGAUGUGCCUGUGACUUGUCCAUUACGCUCAGAUGUUCCACCAGAGGAAGAGCAACAGUUUUUGGUAUCCGAAUCUUGUCUGGCCCAGCUGUUACAGAGAUGUGGCACUUGUGAUGGCAUAUGCAAUUCUGUGGUGCAGUUUACCCGAGGGACCAUGAUAGGGACACUUUCAACUUGCCCUAAUGGACACUCUUUCCAGUGGGAGAGCCAGAAGUGUCAUCAAGGAAUGCCAUGGUCUAACAUUCUUGUAGCUGGUGCCAUAGUGUUCAGUGGAUCCAAUGUAUCCAAGAGCCUGCGACUCUUUAGACAUUUGAAACUUACCAUGAUGUCAGCAGCAACCUUCAACCGGAUUCAGACUGCCUAUGUGGUUCCUACCUCACUUUUUACAUGGGAUUUCCAUCAGGAAGAGCUUCUCCGGAACAACCAGGGAAGGAUCCUAACACUUGGGGGUGAUGCUAGGUGUGAUUCCCCUGGAUUCUCAGCAAAGUUUGGAUCCUAUACACUCAUGGAUUUGGAGAUGGGGAAGGUGUUGGAUUUUCAAUUAGUUCAGAGCAAUGAAGUUGCUGGGUCCACUCAUAUGGAGUUGGAGGGUUUAAAACGAAGUUUGCUUAGACUUAGUGAUGCAGGACUCCUUGUACAGACACUUGUUACAGACAGACACUGCAUGGUUAAGAAGUACAUGAGGACAGAACACCCAGACAAAAAUCAUUACUUUGAUGUCUGGCACAUGGCUAAAGGAGUGUCAAAGAAGUUAGAAGCUGCUGCCAAGAAGAAAGACUGUGAAAACAUCAGGCCUUGGGUCAAAAGUGCAGUAAACCACUGCUACUGGGUGGCUGUCUUUUGUGGGGAAAAUGGGGACCUGAAAGAGCAGAAGUGGGCAUCCCUUAUCCAGCACAUUGCCAACAAACAUGAAAGUUGUGAACAUGGUGUAUUGGCUGAAGACAAGCUUUGGUUGAGAGAAGGAUCAAGGGCCCACAAGCUUUUUCGAGAAGUGGUGGAGAGUAAGUUUCUGUUGAAAGACAUUGCCAAGCUAUCUCCACUUCAUCAGACAUAUGGACUGGAAGUCUAUCACAGUGUGGUUAACAGUUUCGCUCCGAAGAACACACAUUUCUUCUACCCAGCAAUGAUGGCAAGGCUCUGUGUAGCAUCACUACACUUUAACGAAAAUGGGAGAAGACACCAAGCAUGCACAAGAGCAGGUGAAGUCCAAUGGCAGCUGAGUUAUCCAAAGGCAAAGAAAGGGGAGCAUGCUGUGGUCAAACCGCACAAGACUCAAAUCACAUAUGAUUAUGUUGAUCUGUUGAGGUUGAAUCUGGUGGAGCGCCGGAGACAGUUUCCUUCUUACUCGGCCGCUUCUUCAGAUGCGCGAGUGUCUCUUGGGUACCAGCCACCACCUUUGACCUCUGCAUAUGCAGCCGUGAACAAAGAAGAACUUAUUAUGUCAAGACGCACCAGAUUCGCGAGAUGAUGCACUCAUACUGGCUGAGGGUACUUGAAACCGGUGUAGCUGUUUGACGAAAACCUAUCACGAAUCUUGUUGACGACACAUGAGGGUAGUACCUUGCGGUUGCCUCGACCAAGCCUAUGCCAGACCCAGAGUACAAACCUCCUGUAUGCAAUGUGGCGAAAG